CUCCCUCCCUUCCACUCCUCUUUUUUUCCUCCGCUCCUCUCUCCGUGCAACCUCCCGGUUUGACAGUCGAAGUCGAAACGCGCGAGCGGAUCCCACAGGUGUGUUGUUGCUAAAUGAGCCGCGGGCUCUUGGAGACACGCACGCGCGUGCACAGACGAGCGCACCUGGAGAUUACCAUGUGACUCGGCACCUGGGCGUGGAGAAAGUCCCUGAUAUUCUACCCGGAGAGUCUUUUGUUGAGGAGUUGCCUGGAUCGCCUUUCAACGGGAAUUGACAAACCGCGUCAUUCCAAGUAGCGUUAGUACGUGUUUUCUACGGAAUAGUGCCUUUCUCAACCCCCCACCCACCUACCUCCUCACGGGACGUGUGAGGAGAGUAACAUGUAAACUUGAUUCCGGACUGUUUUUUUUCCUUCCUACUAUUUCUCCAGAGGGCUCUUCAUAUAUCUGGACUUUUUCUCGCCUGUGCAACUCUCUCUCUCCGCUGGUUUUCCUCCAAGAGCCCGGGCCCUUAAUGAAGCUGGGGGUCAGCAGCAGUGUGCGGCUAAUUGGCCAAGUUUGCCCGGGGCUCCGGCUGCCUGUGAUUGAAGUGUCCAGCGAGGGCCCACUGUGCAGCCGCCGCUGCACCCUGCUCUGUUCCACUCCAACAGCCAAGACGCUCACUGCACCCCUGCCUGCCUCUCCCUAAGAUGGCAAGCUGGGUCUCCCUCCUCCUCUUUCUCUUCUGCCAGCCAGUCUCACAAGCCCAGGAGGAAAGCAGCACCAUCCUGGAGUACAUCUCCAAGACCUCCAUCGACAAUGUGGUCCAGGACCCCCAAACCGGACUAAUCUACCUGGGGGCGGUCAACGCCAUCUACCAGCUGGGGCCGUCGCUCCAGUGGCAAGCUCAGUUUGAGACGGGCCCCAAGGAGGACGCCCGGACCUGUACGCCUCCUUCCUCCACCUGCCAGGACACGAAGCCCAUGCCCAACCUCAACAAGCUUCUGCUGGUCCAUCCGUCCAACGGGUCGCUCAUCGUCUGCGGCAGCCGCUACCGAGGAAUCUGCUCCCUCCUCAACCUGACCAACGUGGCCGAGCAGCUGUAUUACAGUGACAAUAAAGGAGAGAGGACUUACGUGGCGAGCAUAGAGGACAAGGUGAACGUGGUGGGCGUCAUGUCCACCUACUUGAGAGAGAAUCGCUCCUUCAGCGUGUUUCUCGUCGGGAAGGGCUACGGAAGCCUGGACAGUACAAAACUCAUCAGCACGCGAAUCCUUCAGGACUUCCGCGAUUGGGUGGUGUUCGAGAGCAUCAUCGAGGCGUCCACGGUGCAGACGACGCCGUUUGCUCCCAAGUACCUGCAUGACUUCCGCCACGCCUUCAAAGAGGACGGUUUUGUUUAUUUCCUCUUUUCGCGGACGCUCGACGGUUUGGAUAAUAAAAACCUCACCUUUGUGUCUCGUCUUUGCGAAGAUGACCACCAUUACUACUCCCACACGGAGCUCCAGUUGAACUGCGGCCAAAACCAAAAUAACAAAUACAACAAAGUUCAAGCCGCGUACGUGGCUUCUCCGGGAAAAGAGCUUGCGCGACUCAUGACCGAAUCGGGUAUUUAUGGGAAGGUCGUCUCAUGGAGCAAAGUUCUCUUCGUGGUGGCGAGUCCCGACGACGACGUCAACGAAUCGGCUCUCUGCAUGUACCCACUCGAUUUCAUCAACGAGCGUCUGGUGGACCUCAGCAGCGCCUGCUACAGCGACUCGGGGAAAAUCUCCGGGUUUCCCGCUGUGGACAUCGCCUACUCAUCUAAAACUGAAUGCACAUCAACAAUUCCUAAGGACAUGUUGGAGAAGUACAAGUGUGGUGCAGACUUCCUGCCUUCCCCUCUGGCCAGCGUCCCGAGAUUUGCCUUAAAGGCAGAGGCGGUUUGGACCCAUGUUGACUUGCUGACUGCCGUGGCCGUUGCUGUGGAGAACGAUCACACCAUCGCCUUCUUGGGGAACACCCAGGGGGAGGUCCAUAAGGUACACCUGCUCGAGAUGGGACACUGGUACAGUCAGGCUCCUGGCAAGACCAUGGGAGAGAAGGUCAACAAGAACCUUUUCUUUGAUCUCAGUCAAAGCAACCUCUACAUUACCACAGGAAAAAAGAUCACCAAGGUGCCGGUGCAGACGUGCCUCCAAAAGAAGGACUGCCAAUCAUGUGUGGAACUGAGGGACCCUUACUGUGGCUGGUGUGUCCUGGAGGGCAGGUGUACCAGGAGGUCUGAGUGCCGACGGGCGGAGGAGAAGAAUGGCUGGCUGUGGAGCCCCAGGCAGCAGUGUGUCAAGAUCGUCUCCUUCUAUCCCCCAAACCUUUCUUGUAAAAAGACUCAGAAGGUGAAGAUCAACAUCCCCUCCCUUCCUGCGAUUGGGCUUUCUGACCGUUUGCUCUGCUCCAUUAAGUCGUUCAAAAGUGAAGGCACCAUGUCUGACUCUGGUCAGGUCUCCUGCAAUCUACCCGACCCUUCACUUAUACCACCCACACCUGAGGACCAAGACUUUGUGGCCGUGGCCAUCAGGCUUUUUGUCAACGAGAGCGUGGAGCUGGCGACGCGGGAGUUCAAGUUCUACAACUGUGCCGCCACAGUGAGGAAAUCUCUAAACACACCGUGCAUGUCAUGCGUGGCCAGUUCGUGGGACUGCCAGUGGAACACACAGGACCACACCUGCAGCGACAUGGACGAAAGUGAAAAGGGUCCCAAAAUCAUCAAGCACCGUCAGGGAGCGAGAUGUCCUCAGUUUGAGAAUCCGGAUCCUGUGCUGAUCCCCGUGGGCUACAAGACUCGCAUCAGCUUCGAGGGGAUCAAUUUGGACAUCUACGAGGGUCGUGUUUUCACAAUCGGAACUGAACUGAUGAGAAAUACGGAAGAGGAGGUGAAGUUCGAGGAUAGCCCGUUCUACACUUUCAGCGGCUUCAAUUUUUCUUACGACAAGUCACCGGAGACCAAUGUUCUCUUCUACGUGAAGGACAAAGAGUCGGGCAAGAAGAUUGACAGCACGCUGAACGUCACCCUGUACAAUUGCUCCAUGGGGAGGGAGGAUUGUAGUCUCUGUAAGAAUGCAGAUCCAAUGUACAGGUGUGUGUGGUGCGCCAAGCAGAGGGCGUGUGUGUACGAAAAGCUGUGCAAUCCUGCCCAACAAGGGGUCGAGGAUGCUCACAACACCGAGUGCCCCGACCCCCAGAUCACUGAUAUCAUCCCUCGUUUUGGCCCCAUGCGGGGAGGGAUCUCCAUCACCAUCCGGGGCUCCAACCUCGGCAUCCACAAGGAAGACAUUCAAAGCAUCAGCGUGGUCGGGGAGCCUUGUAACCACCAGAAGGAGAAAUACUCUGUUUCCACAAGCGUGGUGUGUGAGAUCGGCCCUGUUGACCCUAAAAAUGAUAACUGGGGCCAGGUGGAGGUGGAGGUGAAGGGAGGAAAGAGAGGAACCUCUACCAUUUACUUCACCUACAGGAACCCGAUCCCAGAGGUGGUGAAACCCUCCAAAGGUCCGAAAGAUGGGGGCACCCUCAUUACCAUUUCUGGACGAUUUCUGGACACUGGCAGUAAGGAAGAUGUUCAGGUUACCGUUGGAGAAGUGGACUGCACUGUGGAGCACUUCGGAGCAGAGAUCACCUGCAGAACAGGAGAAUACCGAACAGAUAAGCUGCCCACUGACCCUCUCACCGUCACACUGAGGUAUGGAAAGAGUACCACAACAACCAUCCCAAGUGCCUUCCAAUUCUUGGAAAAUCCCAUCGUGCUGGACCACCAGCCCAAAGCGAGCUUCAUCUGUGGAGGGAGGAACAUUGUGGUGACCGGCUCUGGCUUUAACCUGAUCCAGACUGCAGUUCUGAAGGUCCAAGGAGACAAUUCAAUAGCCUUCGAGAACGCCCACGAGAAGAACGACACGGUCAUCCAGUUUCGGUCUCCAGCAGUAAACAACUCCCUGAACCAGCCUUUUAAAACCUUCAUCCAGCUUGACAACUGGAAGAAGGACCUAAAGCCCUUCGAAUACUACCCUAACCCCACCUUCAAAAACCUGACCAAGAAGGUCAUCACUGAGGGCGGCAUCAUCAUCGUCACUGGUCAGGGAUUCUCCAAAGCUAUGACGGCCAGAGAGGCUCAGGGGUUUGUGGGCGACGUUUCCUGUCUGGUCAACACCCUUCAGGAUGAAAAGCUGUUUCUGGACCCCCCUGCCACCACACCCAGGGCUCGCUCCAGACGGCACCGCAGAGACACUCGGCCCGAGCUGCUGGACUUAAUGAUCAAGUUUGGGAGAGGGGAGUGGGUGGUCGGCUCGGUGCAAUACGAGAAGAAGAAUGAUUUGUCGCUCUACAUCAUCGUCCCUGCUGUCAUUGUGCCCAUGCUGCUCAUCAUCGCUAUCUCCGUCUACUGCUACAGGAGAAAGAGUCAGCAGGCAGAGAGGGAGUACGAGAAGGUGAAACAUCAGCUUGAGAAUCUGGAGGAGAGCGUACGGGACCGCUGCAAGAAAGAAUUCACAGACUUGAUGAUUGAGAUGGAGGACCACACCAACGAACUGAGCGAGGGACGAAUCCCCUUCCUGGACUACAAAACCUACAUCGAGCGCGUCUUCUUCCUGCCCUCUAAGGACGGCGCCAAUGAUGUGAUGAUCACAGGAAAGCUCGACAUCCCAGAGGCGAGACGGGCCAUCGUGACUCAGGCGCUCAACCAGUUCUCCAACCUCCUGAACUCAAAGACCUUCCUCAUUCAUUUUAUCCGCACCCUGGAGCGCAGUCCGGACUUCAACGCCAGGGCCAAGGUGUACUUCGCAUCCCUGCUGACGGUGGCCUUGCACGGGAAGCUGGAAUACUACACCGACAUUAUGAGAACACUGCUGCUGGAGCUGAUAGAGGAAUACGUCCACAGCAAGAACCCUAAACUCAUGUUGCGCAGGUCAGAGACGGUGGUGGAAAGGAUGCUUUGUAACUGGAUGUCGAUCUGCCUUUACCAGUUUUUAAAGGACUCUGCAGGAGAACCCUUGUACAAACUGUUCCGAGCCAUCAAGCACCAGAUUGAGAAAGGGCCCGUGGACGUCAGAGUGAAGAAAGCCAAGUACACCCUUAACGACACGAGCCUGUUGGUCGACGAUGUAGAAUACUCUGUCCUGAGCCUGGAAGUGCUGGUGCAGGGCGAGGGUCCGGAUGUGACGCCCGUCAAGGCGCUGACCUGUGACACCAUCUCGCAGGUGAAAGACAAGAUCAUAGAGCAGGUCUACAGGAACCUGCCGUACUCCCAGCGGCCCAAGGUCGACAAUGUCACACUGGAGUGGCGCCCGGGCUCGACGGGUCAGAUUUUGUCCGAUCUGGACUUGACUUCCCAGAAGGAGGGCAGGUGGAAACGCAUCAACACUCUGGCGCACUACAACGUGCGAGAUAAUGCCACAUUAGUCUUGUCCAAAGUGUUCACCGUUCAGCAGAACUAUGACCAGAACCAGGAGAACCAUGAAGAGCGAAAUGCUCUGCUGGAAGAUGACAAGGUGUUUCACUUGGUGAGGCCGGCGGAAGAACUGGAUGAGAUCAAAUCUAAACGAGGAAGCAUAAAGGACAAGUCGAUGACCAAAGCCAUUACAGAGAUCUAUUUAACCCGACUCCUUUCUGUCAAGGGAACACUGCAGCAGUUUGUAGAUGACUUCUUCCGCAGUGUGCUGUGCUCUGGGACAGUGGUGCCACCGGCUAUCAAAUAUUUCUUUGACUUCCUGGAUGAGCAGGCGCUGAAACACAACAAUGUGGACGAGGAGACUAUCCAUAUCUGGAAGACUAACAGCCUUCCUCUGCGGUUCUGGGUGAACAUCCUCAAGAACCCGCACUUCACCUUCGACGUCCACGUGUCUGAAGUGGUGGACGCCUCGCUCUCCGUCAUCGCCCAGACCUUCAUGGACGCCUGUACCAAGAGCGAGCACAAACUCAGCCGGGACUCUCCAAGUAACAAACUACUCUAUGCAAAGGAGAUCUCCACUUACAAGAAGAUGGUGGAUGAUUACUACAAGGGCAUCAGGCAGAUGGUUCCUGUCAGUGAUCAGGACAUGAACACUCAUCUGGCGGAGGUGUCACGGUCUCACACAGACAAACUGAACACACAAGUGGCUCUCCAUCAGCUUUACCAGUACGCCAGCAAAUACUAUGAUGGGAUCAUCGCAUCCCUAGAGGAGGACCCAGCUGCCCAGAGUAAACAGCUGACCCUGCGGCUCCAGCAGAUAGCAGCCGCCCUGGAAAACAAAGAUGCCUACUGUCAGCCGUGAAGGCGAAGGGACGACGCCUGCUUUCCGUCAUUUAAAGCCCCCGUACCCAAUGACAUGCGGGAGCCUGCGCUCUCACCGAGCUGUUCGACUGAGACCAAAGCGUCCUCGGCAGGACGCCGGUUAAUCGAGCAAUGUACAGGCUCCUGUGAUUGAUAGGACAACAGUAGUUUCAGAAAUGUUUGAGUGAAAUUAUUUUGACUCAAUUUGCUUCGAGCUGGAUUGCCAUUUGUGCUUGUGGAAAUCGAUAAUAGCACAGUCUGUCUCCCUUUAUUGUACAGUGCCAUGAUACAUUCCACUUCAACGAAAGCACACGAGGACAUUUCAAAAGGGGUUUUAAGACAUUUCAGUUCAUAUUUUUUUUCCUGUGCUGUAAAAGUGAUUUUCUUUUUCUUUUUCUUUUUUUCCUCCAAAGUGUCAGCUAGAAGCAACUUUUUUUCUGCCAUGGAACAAUAUUAGCCCUGCAAUAAUGUCAGAAUACCAUGAGCCACAAUCGACACUCACAUUAGCUUACUAUGUGUAUUCACAUCCGGUAGCAAUUCAGCAAUAUGUUAGAGAAAUUUCCAAAUAGAUUCAUUUAUUGUUCGCGUUCAUGAUUUUCAGUGCCAUCUUUUUGAAUUGCUCUUGUAAUGUUCCAAAUAGUCAUCUAGCAUCGGGCCACGAAAGCUAUGAAAUAGACUUUUGCUGAUUACCUGCCAGAGAUGCAAUUGGUACUUGGUAUGUUUUGAACAGAUGACAGUGAUUCUGGCCUUGGUGUGAUGUUCAGGAGAUCAGAUCCAAUCAUGUACAUAAUUGUUAGAGUAAUUGAGUUGUUGAUAUGUCAGUGUCAGUUGCCGAGGUGUUGACAGGGUAGGAAUGAGGGUUUGAUAUUUCUUGGGCCAUUGAACGCCACCAUGCUUCAUCACAUAACUGUGGGGUUUUUUGCCGUUGACGGAUGAUUUAAUCGUUCUCCCCGUAUCUGAUCGUGGAUGUGUGUGUAGUUGACGGAGCGGAACGAGCUCCAGAGACCCCAGAAUGUUAACUAUUCCUUGCCUUGGCGAGAGCGAGGUUUGCACAGACCUCGAGCCGGCCCGUCUGCCUGCCAUCUCAGCGUGGCACCCUGGCAUCCAGACCAACAGCACUUGGCACUGCCCACUCAGCGCAGUGCAGAGUGGCACUCUGUAUAAUGGAAUCAGCAGGGGAGGCUUUCGAUCUUAAUUGCAUACCGACCGCAGACUCCAUCCUCGUCUCCGUUGUUGUUUCCUGCUGACUCCGCCCUCACUGACAGAGUUGAUGCAAGAAGCUUCUUUCAGAGCCUUUCUUUAACCAAAAAUGUGCCUUAUUGAGUGGGAUGAUACAUAUAUAUUGUUUCUAAAUUAUUCUAUUGGUAACCUAGGUGAUUAUGAUGACGAUAGUGCUAUAGACACAGCAAUGUAUUUGGACUUGUGAUAUUAUGUGUGCUGUCUAAAUUUGCUAGAUGCCCGACUGCAGCCACGUACGUGCCAAUAGGCUGAAGACAUUUCAGUAUGAUUUCUUUUAUGGUUGCAGUUUCGAUGUUUGCUUUUCCUUUGGGUGUCUGUGGCGUGUGCUUAGUAGGACUUUGGUGGCUAGAGGGCAAAAGGCCAACAUGAAUACAUGUAGAACAGUGUGGCCAAUGUGAUUUGGGUUUCCCUUGAAAAUGUCUGGCAUUCCUAAAUUAGUCUGAAAUCAAAAGGGUGUCCUUAUGUAGAUUGAAUAUAGCGCAAAAUUGUUCCAGCGGUGUUCAUUUCUUUGCCCUGUGUUUCUAAGCUGUUCCACGGUGUGUACGAUAAAUGACUAUCUGUACUCGUCAAAUUACCUUUCUUACUGCUGUGCAGUUAUUAUUUUUAUUUCUCGUUUCCUAGAGCAUAUAAAUCUUUGUAAAACAUGUUGAAAUACUGUAUCUUAACUGUAUAAUCCUAUGCAUUGAGUCCUGGGACAAAAAAAAACAAAAGAGGAAAAAAAAACUGUUUGUGCAGUUGUCGAGACUAUUUACCAUUUUGAAACUUGUGAAUGUGCUGUAACGAUAAAAAGAAACUGGGACACUCCAAUUUUCAAUGCAGGACCAUGAACGGGAGCCAACUUUUCAUCCGAGGCAGCUCAGAAGAUUCUCCAUCUUGCACCUGAUCUGCUUGUACGGGAUGAACUUAAAUUUGACAAAGGUUGUUUGUGGACGGAGCGGUUACCCACAGAUUUCAUCAUACACUCCUCCGUGAAUAAACUCAGAGACAUAUACGCCCUUCA